AUGUUCCAUGGAUUGCCAAGUGAAGACCCCAUUGACCACCUUGAUGAGUUUGAUAGGCUUUGUGAUUUGACAAAGAUCAAUGGUGUCUCUGAAGAUGCCAUCAAGCUGAGACUCUUUCCUAUGUCUCUAGCUGACAAAGCUCACCAAUGGGAGAAGAGCUUGCCCCAUGGCACAAUCACCACUUGGGAUGAAUGCAAGAAGGCCUUUCUUGCUAAGUUUUUCUCCACCGGUCGCACAGCCAAGCUUAGAGGAGAGAUAUCCAGCUUCAUCCAGCGAAACAAUGAGACAUUCGCAGAGGCUUGGGAGAGGUUCAAAGGCUACACAAGUCAGUGCCCACACCAUGGAUUCAACAAUGAAUCCCUACUCUCCACUCUUUAUAGAGGAUGCUUGCCUAGGUAUAGGGAGAUGCUAGACACAGCUAGCAAUGGGAACUUCCUCAACCAGGAUGUAGAUGAUGGCUGGCAACUUGUGGAGAACAUGGCCAUAUCAACAGAAUGCUAUGGAGAGCACUAUGAAAGUACAGACUGGAGCUCGACCGCGCACUCGAUCGAGCUGGACGCUCAGAUGAGAAAAGACAUGCUUGCACUCAACUCGAAGUUGGACAAACUGAUCCUAGCCCAAUUCCCUGCCAAGCAUGUCAACUAUGUCUCAGAACAAACCUUAGUCAAGGACCAGGAAGGGGAGGAGACAACACAAGAAGUUUGCUACAUUCAAAAUAGACAAGGAAGCUAUAGGAAUCCUCAACAAGGGAGAUACAACAAUUAUCAAGCCCCCUGGCCGCACCAACAACAAAGUGUUCCACAAGGUUUCAACACAAGGACUACUCAUACCCAACCAACUCAUGAUUGGGAUAUGAAGGAAAUGCUCCAACAACUUUUACAAGGGCAAGCCAAAGGUUCUCUGGAAAUGAACAACAAGCUGGUUGAGAUACACUCUAAACUAGAGUCAUUGACUUCAAGAGUCCAAAUCAUUGAGUCUUCAAGUGCAUCAUCCUCUUCACCACAAGAGUAUGCCCAAGCAGUUACACUAAGAAGUGGGAGGCAAUUCCCGAGUAGAGGUAGCCCACCCCAAAUCGCUGUGGACAUCGAUGACGAGGAAGGGGAGGAUUUAGUCGACUAUGCUGAUAACUCGACCCCGAACUCGAUCGAGCUGGAACAAAACCCUGAACCAGAACUCGAUCGAGCUGGAGAAACUGAGACUGACAAAGAGCGAACUCCAGCCAACCAGCUAAACCUGUUGCAAAGAAGAAAGACACUCCAGCAGGACCACCACCAUACAAGCCCCCUCUGCCCUUUCCAGGAAGGUUCAAGAAACAACUGUUGGAAGCACACAAGGCCAAGUUUGAUGAACUAA